AUGAAAUCCCAUGACGGAUGGUUUGAAAAACAAGUCUUUGAGGGCACUCUGACUGUCUCUGGGAGCAACAAUGUUUUGACCUUGGCUUUGGGAACCCCUGAGCAUGGUGGGAGGGUCAGAGGUGUUGGAGAUGGGGUUUCCCCAACUCAAUUCUUCAAUUUGCCGAGACAGCAGAGAGUAAAAUUUGCUGACAAAUUGAAGGAAAGUGUUAUGGAAGCAGUGGGAGAGGAAACCAAAAAGAUGGAGGCCAGGGCAAAGGAAAGUGUUAUGGAGGCAGUUAGAGCAGAGAGGGAAAUUUUGUUGAAACAAUUCAGUCAACUAAUUCCCAACUUUGAUCCCAACUUGCUCGGUAAAACUCCAACUACACCAAUUACUCCAAUUCCUCAAGAGCAAAGCUCAAAAAAUCCAAUGUCUGACAAAGCAAGCUGCUCUAAUGUGAGAGCCCUUGAAUUGGAUGAAGACAAUCUCACGAAUGAUGCUGAUGCUGCUGAAAACCGUCAAGAUGAAAUGGAUCUCUCAAAGCUUGACAUGCCAGCUCCUUUGUUAGGCCUAUGCCAAUAUGCCGAGACCAAGUUGAAGCCUGCUAACAAGACCAUUAGAAUUCACAUGCCAGAGGAAAUGUUUGGCACUGAUCAUGAUACUUGGCUCUUGAGUGAAGACAUUUUACAAUUUGCUUCCAUGGUUGAGAUUGGAUCCACAGUGAUUGCAGUAUACAUGAGGUACCGAUUUGACUAUUUAAAAAUGGCAAAUAUGGUAAACCUUGUUGGCCUCAUGGACCCUGGACAAGUCAGCUCUCAAUCUGGAACGUUAUCUCACCGUUCAAAACAUCUCUCAGAACACCUGAAAACGCAGAUGGAGAUUAAUUUUACUUGGUGCCUUAUAAUCCAGGGGAUUCGAAAGUAUACCUACGAGAUGCACAAAACUGGGUCAGCUCAUCCGGGUCGAUGGGGUAGGAGUCAGACCGGAUCUCGCGAGGAUCCGAUUGGUCUCCUCGAUGAAGCCACAAAGGAUGGUGAUUUUGAUGUUGUUGAAGGUCUUCUGGAUCUGGCCCCCUCACACAGAUGA